CCUGCCCAACCAAAACCAACGCCCACCACCUCCCUCACACUUUUCCCCUCUCCUUCCCAGCCCAAAGAAAUGACCGUCGCGUGCGUGCCACCUCCCUGUGGCUGUGUGUACUUGCACUACAGCUAUAGCAAUCCAGCGUAGGUAUACUCCUGGCGCUGGUACUGGUAGUCGUAGGCACUGUCGUAAGGGCGGGCGGUACGAUCAAGUCCAUCUCCUGCUGCUGCUGCUGCUGCUGCUGCAAACAUCGAUCCCAUACCAAUCCCAUCCACCAAUCUCAUUCCCGUCGCACGUCUCGUCUCCUCCCCUCCCCUCCCCAGAAAGAUAUGGCCCUGAGCGAGCUCCUCUUUUGCGCAAAGGCGCGUCUCCGUCCCUUUGUUUAUUUCCUUCCCCUCCCUCUCGGUGCUCGCCUGCCCUUGUCUUGCUUUACCGCUCCACUUUUCGUUUUCUGAGCUGCUAGCUUUCUCUCCCGUGCCGUCGCCCCGCCCGUCCAUAGAUUGAUUGAUUAACCGGAGCCGCGCGCGCGGGAGCGGAGGUCGAGUAUAAAGAAAGAUGGCGCACGAUCCGAGCCAGCUGGUAGGGUACGCGGACUACUUCGCGGCGCCGGGGAGCAACGGGGGCGGCGUGACGCUCGUGGUGCCGCCGGAGGUUGACGCCCGCGCGGAGCAUCAGAUGUAUGGCGCCGGAUUGCACCACCACCAUCAUCAUCAUCAUCAUCACUCCGGGGCGGACAUGUUCGGGGCCAGGGGCUUCGGGAUGGCGCCGGCCGGCGAGGAGUCCGCGCAGAGCAAGGCCGACGUCGACGGCUCUUCUACCAUCAGCUUCUUCCGCGGCGAGCACCAGCAGCAGCACCACCACCACCAGCAGCAGCUGCAGAUGGGCCAGGCUCCUUUGUCGCUGUCGCUCCACGGGCCGCCGGACGCCGGGUCGUCGUCGUCCUUCAUGCUGCACCAGCACCUCGGCGGCGGCGAGCCCCGGCUGCAGCAGCACCAGCAGACGGCCGCAUGGCAGGUGCAAGGCGCCGGCAGCGGCUGGCAGCUGCGCGGGUCCAGCUUCCUGCUGCCGACGCAGCAGCUCCUGCAGGAGUUCUGCAGCAUCCCCGCGGACGCCGACAGCAAGGCGCCUAAGAAGCCGACGGCGCAAGAAGAACACGGCGGCUCCUCGUCCUCCGCCUCCUGGCCGCCGUCGUCGGCGCAGAUCCAGGGCAUGGACGCCGCCGAGCUGCAGAGGCUCAAGGCCAAGCUCUACACCAUGAUCGAAGAGGUGGACAGGAGGUACAGGAGGUACCGGGAGCAGAUGCGGGCGGUGGCGGCGUCCUUCGAGGCGGUGGCGGGGCAGCGCGCGGCGGCGGUGUACACCAGGAUGGCGUCGCGGACGAUCUCCAGGCACUUCCGGAGCGUGAGGGACGGGGUGGCCGCGCAGGUCCGGGCGGUGCGGGGAGCGCUGGGGGAGAAGGACGCCGGGGCCGCCGUGCCCGGGAUGACCAAGGGGGAGACGCCCAGGCUGCGGGCGCUGGACCAGUGCCUCAGGCAGCACAAGGCGUACCAGUCCGGCAUGCUCGAGAGCCACCCGUGGCGCCCGCAGCGCGGCCUGCCGGAGCGCGCCGUCUCCGUCCUCCGGGCCUGGCUCUUCGAGCACUUCCUGCACCCGUACCCGAGCGACGUGGAUAAGCACAUCCUGGCGCGGCAGACGGGCCUAUCGCGGAGCCAAGUCUCGAAUUGGUUCAUCAACGCGAGGGUGAGGCUGUGGAAGCCGAUGGUGGAGGAGAUGUACGCGGAGGAGAUGAAGGACAAGGAGGAGGGGAGCGGCGGCGACGGCGGCGGCCAGCCGGCGCUGCAGGCGGGCGACCUGGCGAACCCUAGCCCGGCGGCGGCCGGGAGCUACGCCUCCGAGGGGCGCGGCGAGCAGAAGCCGACCCGGGCGCAGCUGCACCAGCUGCACGACGCCGGAUCGCUGGCCUCUGUCGUGAGCAUCGGCCAGAGUGCCGACCCUCAGGGCCUCAACUUCGGCAUGAUGGACCAGCUCGACUUCGACGCCUACGAGGCGGCAACGGCCGGGUUCGGCAACGGCGUGUCGCUGACGCUGGGGCUUCAGCACCAGCAGCAGCAGCACCACGGGGGAGUGAACGUUGCCGCGUUCGCCGCCGCAUCCCCGUCGUCGUCGUCUGCGGCGCAUGGCGGCGCCGGCGCAGCCGAGUUCGUGUUCAUGGCUGGCGAGGGCGUGCACCCGUCUGCUAACGGACAGUUCGGGGCGGGCAUGGGGUCAGGCGCCGACGUCCCGUCGCAGUACCACCGGGGGCUGGGGGUGGGCGGGUUCCACCUCCUCCGCGACCUCGCCGGGUGAUUCGAUCCGUACGUCGGUCAAUCUGGACGGCAUCAUAUGAUCACGUGCAGGGAUCAUCAUAUCAUGCACCGGAGGUCGGGGACGGAGGCGACGACGCCUGAUAUAUGAUGAUGCGGAUGGAACUGAGGAUUUGGGGGAUGUGUAAACGGCGGCCGGGCUGGCGUGCAUGCAUGGUUGGUAGCUCAGCUCGCGCGCGUACGUACGUCGACUUGCUUAGCCGGUGUACGCAGGCGGCUUUGGAUUUUUGUAGCGCGUAGAUACCUCUAUUUAAUUCUUGGCGGGAUGUCGCCGUCUA